AUGAAGGCUCAUUUAGAAGCACAAGGAGAAGAAAUAUGGAAUGUUGUCCAAAAUGGUCCUUUUGUUCCUACAACGGUUGUUAACGGCGUUGGUUCAUCAAAGCCUAAAACUUCAUGGGAUGAAACUCAUGAAGGAACUGCCGAAGUUAAAAGAUCAAGAUUAAAUACCUUGAGUCAAGAAUACGAGUUGUUCAGAAUGCAGCCCGGAGAAUCCAUCCUUGACUUGCAGAAAAGAUUUGUGCACUUGACAAAUCAUCUAAAAGCUCUAGGUAAGACUUUAAGUAAUGAUGAAUUGAAUCUUAAAGUGCUUAGAUCUUUAACCAGGGAAUGGCAACCAAAAGUGACGGCAAUAUCAGAAAAGAAAAGUCUAUCCACAAUGACUUCCGCUACAUUGUUUGGAAAACUUCAAGAAUAUGAGACGGAACUUGAAAGACUUGGAAGACUUGAAAAACAUGAGAAUCAAGAUAAGAAGUCCAAAAGCAUCGCUCUGAAAGUUGACUCCGAAGAUGUUGAGAAAGAAGACAAUCCGGAGGAGGAUGAAAACUUCUUGUUACUUGUUAAAAGGCUAGGCAAAAUUUUCGGUAGGAAUGACAAACCUUCCUUCUAUGCGAAAAGAAAGAAACACUUCAAGAAAAGAGAAGCUUCCACUUCAAUGCAAGAGGUAACAUGUUAUGAAUGUGGUAAGCAAGGCCACAUAAAACCAGAUUGUCCUCAACUAUCUAAGAAAAGUGGAUUCAAAAGCAAGAAGGAGAACAAGUACAAAAAGGCUUAUGUCGCAUGGGAAGAUAACAAAAUAAGCUCGUCAUCCGACUCGGAUAGUGAUGAAAGUGCAAACCUAGCAUUAAUGGCCUCACACCAUUCCGAUGAUGAAGUAAAUGAGGUUAGUAAUGAUUUUUCGCUUUUUGAUAAUGAUGUGCAAGGUGCCAUAGAUGAAUUACUAAAUGAAUGCAAAAUUUUGUAUAAAACUAUAUCAUCUCAAAAGAAACAAAUCUCAGUUUUGGAAGAGAAAAUUGAGAAAAUGGAAAAAUGUUUUGAAGUUGAAGAAAAGAUGAUUAGUGAUCAAAAACAAAAUUUUGUAUGCAAUAAAUGUGAGUCACUUUCUUUUCAAAUUGUCCAACUAAAAAGAGUUCUUGAAAGAUACGAAAAAGGAAAAAUUGGAUUGGAGGGUGUACUUAGCCAACAAAGAUAUUCAAAUGAUAAAAGUGGGCUUGGUUACUCAAAGUUUUCAAAACCAAGCUCUAACAAGACAAUCUUUGUUAAGGCUUGCUUGGAAUCCACAUCAAACUUAUGGUAUCUCGAUAGUGGGUGUUCCAAGCAUAUGACGAGAGACAUCAAUAAAUUUUCAAAUCUAAAGCUUAAAGCCAAGGGUUUUGUUACAUAUGGAGAUAACAACAAAGGAAAGAUUCUUGGCAAAGGCAUUGUUGGUGCACCACCUUUCACAUCUAUUGAAGAUGUUCUUUAUGUCGAAGGAUUAAAGCACAAUCUUCUUAGUAUUAGCCAACUAUGUGACAAGGGCUUCAAGAUCAAGUUCACUAAAGAUGAGUGUUUGAUAGAAGAUGAAGUCACACAUGAGGUUAAACUAAAAGCUAUUGAUAUACUUGAUUCAGUUUUCUGGGCACUUUUCUCAUUUUCGAUUUUUACUGAUGAUGAACAUAAUGUUGUUGCGGUGCUGUUGUGA